AUGCGUUCCCGCCCCUACACCCCACCACCCCCUCUCCCACCUCUCCUCGCUGAGCUCUCGGGGUACCUGCCGAACCGCGAGCGUAGAGACGGUAAUGAUGGUACUGUCCCGCUGCUAGAUCUAGAUCCGGAUACUAGUCGUCUCCUCCCGCCUGAAAAACGCCAGCUUGAGCAUCGGGUUAGAGUGCAGGGACGGCUGGCGCCGGUGCGUAGUAUCUCGGUUGCGGAUCUCAGACGCGCGAGUCACGGUGUGGGGUUUGAUGAGGGUGUUGGUGGGAAGGCGCCUAGGAGGAGGGGAAGACGGAGAAGUGAGGAUGAUGUAGGUGGGAGUAGUGGUAGGGGAAGUGGGAGUGUGGAUGGUGAUGGUGAUGGUGGUGAGGGAGAUGAGGAGGUUGGCGAGAGGGAUACGCAGCUUAGGGGGUAUGGGAUUGGUGGGAGGGGGAAUAUCCGAAGGCCGACGGAUGUCAUAGGGACAUCGUCUAGAACUUCGCGAUCCUUAUCCUCGCUAUUUCCGAGUUCCGGUUCAACGACACCACGAUCGCUCUCCGCCUCAAGUUCAGACAAGAGGUGGCGCAUAUCAGGGUUGUUAAAUCGCAUUGAGGAACGGAAGGGGAAAGAUAGGUGUCCAACAUGA